CAGGCAGCGCCCUGAGAGCAGCCACUCGACCCAGCACACCCAUUGUCAGCAGCAAAGCUCAUCUCACCAGCAGCAGCCAGCUCAGGCAGGUGCAGCCAGAAAGGAUGGCCGCCGGCAGCAGCAGGUGAGCAGGGCUGACAACAUUGCGGCGCGCCGGAAGAAGAAAAAACUAUGAGGACCUGAGACGGAAACAGCAGCAGAAGCGAGCGAAGGUGCGAUGCGGCCCCACUCGUCAGCCCUCCUGGCUAGAUGCCUCGCCUGCUGCCUGGUGCUCGGACUCGCCUUCCUCGACCCCAAGAAGUGGGCCGCCGGAGCAGUUGGAAGCAACGGAGGCAGCAUGCUUGGUGAUGUCAAUAUUAGUGCCAUCUUAGACUCGUUAAGUGUAGGCUACGACAAAAGAGUAAGACCUAAUUAUGGAGGCACUCCCGUUGAGGUCGGCAUUACUAUGUAUGUUUUAAGUAUCAGCUCCCUCUCAGAAGUGCAAAUGGACUUUACAUUGGAUUUCUACUUUCGGCAAUUUUGGAAGGAUCCGAGAUUGUCCUUCCGGAAGAGACCAGGGGUAGAGCAGCUCUCAGUUGGGUCCGAUUUUAUAAAAAGCAUCUGGGUACCUGACACAUUCUUCGUCAACGAGAAACAGUCAUACUUCCAUAUUGCAACUACGAGUAACGAGUUUAUUCGUAUUCAUCACACUGGUAGCAUCACUAGGAGUAUUAGACUGACCAUCACCGCAUCAUGCCCUAUGAAUCUCCAAUAUUUUCCUAUGGAUAGACAACUUUGUAACAUUGAAAUUGAGAGCUUCGGAUAUACUAUGAGGGACAUCCGGUAUAAAUGGAACGAGGGCCCAAACUCGGUUGGCGUUUCCAACGAAGUAUCGUUACCUCAAUUUAAAGUCCUGGGCCAUCGGCAAAGAGCUCAUGAAAUAAGUCUAACUACAGGGAAUUAUUCGAGAUUGGCGUGCGAGAUUCAAUUCGUACGUUCUAUGGGAUACUACCUCAUCCAGAUCUACAUACCUUCUGGUCUAAUCGUCAUCAUCUCAUGGGUUUCGUUCUGGCUAAAUCGGAAUGCGACUCCAGCUAGGGUCGCCCUAGGGGUCACCACUGUCCUCACCAUGACUACCCUAAUGUCAUCCACCAAUGCAGCCCUACCCAAGAUUUCCUAUGUUAAAUCCAUUGACGUCUAUCUGGGAACAUGUUUCGUUAUGGUCUUCGCAUCGCUGCUCGAGUACGCCACGGUCGGUUACAUGGCCAAGCGGAUCCAGAUGCGCAAGAACAGAUUCAUGGCCAUCCAGAAGAUCGCCGAGUCCAAAAAGGUCAACAUGGAUGCGCCGCCAGGUCCCCCCGGUGACGCACCCAAGCAAACAGAGGUGCGCUUCAAAGUACACGACCCGAAAGCCCAUUCGAAGGGCGGCACCCUGGAGAACACGGUGAACGGGCGAGCCGACGAGGAGGGUGGCGGCGGCGGCGGAGGCCCGCCGCCCCCGCCCACGCACCUGCUGCACCCCGGCAAGGACAUCAACAAGCUCUACGGCAUCACACCCAGCGACAUAGACAAAUACUCGAGGAUUGUGUUCCCCGUUUGUUUUGUGUGUUUCAACCUCAUGUACUGGAUCAUUUACCUGCACAUCAGUGACGUCGUGGCCGACGACCUGGUGCUGCUGCACGAGGACAAGUAAAAAAGAAAGAAAUGAAAAUUUAUUCUAAUCCGCCGACGGUCAGCGCCGCCUGCCGUGCAACAACAACAACAACAAGUCUAUUAAAAGAAAAGCCACGAGACGACUCACUCCGAGUUAAAAAUAAUGUGCAGCUAAAUUAAUAAUUGCAUCCGAGAAUGAACAAAAAAAGAGUUAAAUUAUGUAUCUAGACGCAAACACGUACACACUCUUUCACUCAAAGAGACGCAAAACAUUAAAUACAAACUCACAAAAUUGCAGACACAAAAGAAGAAAACACGAUUUUAGCAAUAACGAGAUGAGCACUUUUCUAAAAUUUCUCAAACCCUUUUCCCCGCGGUUGCGUUGGCGAUCCUGAUUGCAGAGCUCCUUCGAGGACCCUCGAGCUAGCCGACGGCCAUUUAAUUAAUUCUGCCCCGAAACGAACCCACUAGAAAGAGUAGCGAUUUGAGAAAUCAGCCAUCCCCACACAUUCCUUUCAAGAAAUGAGCCGGCGCUGGUUCGACGGGCCCCGGGGGCCGUUCUGUGAUGGUGAUAAAAUUAGGGGCGGCAAAACGCUUCGACGGACGACCGACGUUCUAAAAAGCUCAGACUUGAUCGGCUCCAGCUUACACGCCGUCGAGCCCUUUUCCGUCCCGGUGAUAGAAAUUAGAAACAAUUCUAAAGCAAUUAGCAACGGAAUGAUUUGUUUUUACACUUGAUCAAUCAAUCAAUCAAUUGCUUGGUGGACAACAAAGAAAGACAGCCGUCAGCCACGUUCCAAUUUUUUGUUUGUUUCCAGCAACAAAGAUGUUAAAUAAUCAAGUAUAAAAAACAUGCACUUGUGUCACACAUUCCAGAGAAAAGAUUAUUGAUAACACAAAUUCAAACGCUUUAAAUAAAAACUAAAUAACUAAAACUAGAUUAAAAAAAAAGAAACGCAUCAAGGAAGAAAGAGAAAUUUAUAUGGUAAUAAAAAGAUAAAAGAAACUGUAUAAUAUUAUUAUAGAGUUUGUGCAACUUGAUGACGCGCGCUGAUGGGUCGUACUGGUUAGGACUUGCUAACUGUGACUUGACGGAUGAACAAACAAAAAUCAUCUUCCAAAUUCUGUGUUUAUCAUACGGUAAUUCUGUUGGUGGCUAGUACGGAGAAGAAUGAAAAAAAAAGAAGAAACACACACAUUCACUUUCACACACACACACGAAACACACACUCUAUACCACACGCUGUAAAAAUCAUUAUUAAUGUAAGAUUAAGACUCGCACAAGAAUGACAAAAGUGAUCGCAGCCCCAACUGCUGUCACACAACAAUAGAGUUCAGGCACCUCUUUGGAUCAUUGUCACCUCGUUAUCGUAGAGAAUAUAAAUUAUAAUUGCUAUCAAAUGUUGAGAGAAAAAAAAAGAAGGAUCCGAUAUUAUAUUUAUUACGUUCAUCGCCAAUCUGUAUUUAUAACCUGUGAGAGAAUUCUAAAGUAUAAUUGAUUGUUAUGGUGAGAAUAUGAACAAAUUAAUAAUAACAAACCUGUCACCCCAGGAAAACGCAUUAUACAAAAUACUAUGAUAUAAAUUAUAUUUAUUAUUGCUAGCGUCUGUUGUACAGAUUUAUAAAUUUUUGCUUUCAACUUCCUUAAAUUAUUUUGGCAGGCCCAGAGAUAAAAUAAUAUACUAUCGUUUACACCCCCAAAUUUUUAUAGAUGAGAAAUUUGGCGCCAACUGUUCCGUAGAGAAUAAAUAUAUUGAUUUUUUCGUCUGAUUCUUCCAACACUUAGAAAUAUAUAUUUACAUUUGUUACCGUUAUUAUCAUGUGAUAUCUGCAAUCAAAUAGUGAACUCUCACUUGCUGUCAAGACAGAAUAACUAAGACGAAAGAAAGAAAGAAAACUCACAGACGCACGCAUACCAUAUCUCGCUCUUCUCCAGUGAACAAAAAUCCAACUGUUGCGAGGCCAGAUGAUAUUAUACAUUUAAGUACGUACGCGGGGCUGUAUGUACAGCUAUAAUAAAAUCAUUCAAUUUUAAUUAAUUUCGAGGAGACACAAAAUUUGGAGCUGCGGAAUGCGUGUUAUAUAAAUAUUAAUUCUCUUCCCGUCCUCUCGUGUUACAAUUUCGAAGCGUUAGAACUCGGAUCGGUAGAUUUUCAUUUGACCACGAAAUUUAGACGAAAUAAAAAAUGCCUCUGGCAAGUUGGGGAUUCGGUUGAUUUGUAUCAAGAGAUUCGUCGGCGGACGAAGCCAUCCCAAUGCUCAAUAGAAACACCAUAGAAUCACUCAACGAUGGCUUCAUCCGCCCCGCACAAAUUCCGAUUAAACGCAUCUCGGCGAAUCCGGCCCUUUGUUGAAAAAAGAAAUUCGCUGACGAAAAAAGUUUCAAACAAAAAAUUGUACAGAAUUGCUCAAUCAGAAAAGGGAUUGAAUAUUUGAACGAGACGAUUAAUUUUCUCGCAGUUUAAAAGUUAUAAAAAAAAGAUAUAAUUAUAUAAAUACAUACAUUGAAAAAGUAAAAUAUAAAAAAGAGAUAGGUAUGAACGCGCAGUCUCACAAGAUAUUUUUACCCGCUUGCUAUAGCACCUACGAUAAAGUAAAAUUAAAAUACGUCAUACAUGCAAAGUUUUUCUAUUGAUCUUUCAAAUGCACCGCCAUCAGCAAGUUAAUUAAAAUAAUCCAGAGUUGUAUCAAAGCUAAUUAAAAGUAUAUAACGCCAGACAUCUUGGAUUGUUUGCGUUUUUUAAUGCUACCUAAAUUAUAAUUAAAUAGGACGGAGAAGUUACCUGCGACCAGGAGAAUUAACAGAGUCGGAUUAACGAGAAAAAAAAAUAUCUAGCUACGUGAGAGACCCGUAUAUGAAAUUCUAAACAAACAUUUUCCAGUAAGUGAGACGCAGUGAAUGCUUUUACAUAUACCAAACAGUAAUCGAUGCCCGUUUAAAAUCUAGGAAAUGUCGUGUUGUAAGUGUUGAACUCUAAACUAAAACCAGCAGAGAUGAAAGAAGAACAAACACACACGUUCACUUUGUCGAAAUAU